GGAGUUUGGAGGUGGAAUGAUACGAAGGGGAGGAUGGUAAGUGUGGAUGAGGAGGGAGAAGGUAUUGGGAGUGAGUAGGUAGUUUGGGAUGGUGUUUUGGUGUUGGAUUACUGGUGGUUUGGGGGAUAUAUCGGUUGGUGAGAGGGUGUAUAUGGAGGGCUGGGUGUUUUAUCUUUACCUGGGGCGGAGUUGGACUAUAUCUUUAACUAUAUCUUUACCUCUGUUUGGCAAGUUAGAAAGUAGUUCAUGUCUUAUGAGAUGUUAGUGAAUGGUCCGGAACAUUCAUGGCGUGGGCUAAACGUGGUGUGAUUGACUCUAGAGUGUAUUCUAGCGAAAUACAAACAUCAGUAGGAGAAUAAUAUUACAACUUCGGUCGGAAGCCCGCCUCGACCUCCUUCUGGGCCUCCUCC